AUGUCUGUGCUGUGGCUGUUUCUGAGCCUCCUUGUCCUUACAGGUUCAUCGGAAAGCAGCAGUUGGGGAUGCUAUGGAGACAUCCGGACCCUCCACACCCCUGGGGCAUCUUGUGGCAUCGGAAGGCGUCAAGGCCUGAGCUACUGCGGAGUGCGUGCUUCUGAAAGGCUGGCUGAGAUGGACAUGCCGUCCCUCCUGAGAUAUCGACCUGUCAUGCGUGCUGUUGGCCAGAAGUACUGCGUGGACCCUGCUGUCAUCGCUGGUGUCUUGUCCAGGCAGCCUCAUGGCAGCAGUGUCCUGGCCAGUGUGGGCGCUGUGGGUGAUGGAGUCAAGAUGGUACAGGACCCUGGUCUUUAUGCCCCCACAUCCUGGAUCAGUGAGGCCCAGGUUUCCCGAGUGACUGAAGUCCUGACUGUGAGAAUCAAAGAAAUCCAGAGGAGGUUCCCAACCUGGACCCCUGACCAGUGCUUGAGAGGUGGACUCUGUGCCUACGCGGGAGGUGCUGGCUACAUCCGAAGCAGCCAGGACCUGAGCUGUGACUUCUGCAACGAUGUCCUUGCACGAGCCAAGUACUUCAAGAGACAAGGCUUCUAA